ACAACCCGCUCGGCCAUUGCGCGCCGUACCAGAUUAACCACACAGCGACGAUAUGUGAUGGUCGGCUGGACGGACGGGAUGUUGGUGGAGGAUGUGGGAAAUACAUAGAUAGCCACUCGAGUCCUUCCUGUCUGUAGAACAUUCAUCCUUUGUACAUCCAAUUUUGGUGCUUCGACAUUGACAUCCUACUUGUUGUGUACGAUCUCUACCAAUACCAAUCCCGUACUCCAUCAAGCCUCCUCCAUCACUAAAUCACACAACACCAUCAUCAAGAUGUUCGCCGAUCUCUGGUUGAAGCGCGUCUUGGUACCCCUCUGGGUUGCCCAGCUACUCCUCAAUGCACUCUACAUCGUCUUUGGGAGCAUCGUCCUCAAUGCCGUCCGCACCUUAAGCGCGAAAGAGCUCGAAGACGCGUACCGGGAUCACGACAUCAAAUACUCGGGUACAAGUGAAGAAUCCCUGAAAGCAUUUCAAAAGUGGUCAUAUAUUUACCUGGGAAUCUUCAUUGGCAUCGCGGGCAUGGGCGUUCUGUUCUCUGCCCUGGAGACGGUUCAAUUCGCGCGCAGAAAGCUCAGUCCAGUGCUGCUCGUCGUCCUCAAUUCCAUCGCCGUGCUAGUUUGGAUCGUCAUCGUGGGUUUCAGCGCAUGGUCAGCGUACUACAGCUUGAGCGUCGGAUUGAUCUGGCCCGUCCUGCUAUUUGCCGUAUACCUCGCAAAACUCAUCUACGCCUCUAUCAUCCUGCAUCGCGUCCGUAAAGGACAUGCUGGCGCCCGUGGCUCAUACUCUGUCCCCGGCGAGAUGAGGACCGCCUACGAUGGCUCGACUGCUUACCACGGCGGCGCGAAACAUGCCGCCAAUGUCGAGUACUACUCGCCCGCGCACAUGGGUCCUAACGGCCGCGCGUAGAACUGUUUCGCCAACGCAUAUACGGCAUUUUGAGAUAGUAUAUCCUCAAGUAGAGGUGGCUUGGAUUGGAACUCGGGUGCAUUGGGACGGUUGUCUUUUUCAUGAUGAGAUGAUAAGUUUUUCUGGGGAGCGUGGCGCGCUGCUUCUUCAUUCGGAGCGUUCUUGCUUGUAUAAUAGCUAUGUUGCGAUCCAAUCGUGGCCAGAGUACAAAUUUGAAAUUUAUUCUAUCUGAACAUUC